AAGCAAAGUUUUGUGAAGGGAAGUUGAUAGGAAGAAAGCCAUCUGAAACCCAGCUUUUUAGGGAAAGUUAUUUUUAAUAGUAAAUAAGCAUUAGCUUAAUUUACCAACUUUUUGCCUUCAAAUUUGACUUUCUUUCCUCUUCUUUCUCAAUUAAGAUAUUCAAAAUGUCUUCAUUCCCUCAAAAGCGAGAUGUUAAAAAUACAAUAAUUUUGGAAAAUAGGUUGUUAUAACUCAUCAUUACAGAAUAUUAUCGGUAGACCAAAACAACGAAAAAACUCGAACUCCUUUGAAUUAAGUUAACUUACUCUUGAGACAAAUCAAAUGUUUUCGAAAAUUUCAGGAUCAAUUGCAGGCAACUAGGUUUCAGGUAAAAUUUGGCUGUAAAAUAACUAAGGAGUCAAAACGCCUCUUGACUCCUUCACUUGGUCCACGCUAAAUUCGCCUCUGCAAAUAGAUUAUGACKCUACUCUUUACCCAAAUUUUUCUACAUUUUAUAACUAGCGUGAACGCAUCAGCAGACGUCACUUACUCAUGACCAAUCAGGCAGCAGCUAAAGGUGAAACCAGAGAAGCAGCAAAACACAUCACGUYGGCUGUAACAGUGGAAAGGUUUUCUGUAUGUUAGCUUUAUGUUGAACAGCUAGUGGAAGUUGUUCCACUUUUGUUUCCCAGGUUCUUGCUGGAGUCAGAUGGGUCCAUCAGAAUCUGUGCAGUAACGUCAUGGCCCUGACAGAGGAGCAGUCUGAGAAACACUGCUGGGUGUGUUUCGCCACUGAGCGGGACGACCACGGCGCAGAGUGGGUGAGCCCCUGCAGGUGUAAAGGCUGCACCAAAUGGAUCCACCAGUCGUGUCUGCAGCGCUGGCUGGACGAGAAGCAGAAGGGAAACAGCGGCGGCGCCGUUAACUGUCCGCAGUGUGGCACCGAGUACUGCAUCAUUUUCCCAAAGAUGGGCCCGCUGGUGUACUUCCUGCAGCAGGCGGACAGAGCCCUGUCCCGUGCCAGCCCCUUCGCUGCAGUCGGAGUGGUUGUUGGGACGGUGUACUGGUCGGCAGUCACUUACGGAGCCGUGACCGUCAUGCAGGUGGUGGGGCAUAAGAAGGGUCUGUUUGUGAUGGAGCGGGCUGACCCUCUGUUCCUGCUCAUGGGCCUGCCGACCAUCCCCGUGCUGCUGGUCCUGGGGAAGAUGAUUCGCUGGGAGGAUUACUUAUUGAGGCUGUGGCUGAGAUACUCCUAUAAACACGGCCCUUCAUCAGGGGGUGGUGGUUACCUGCCGCCCCUGCGUGUCCAGGGGCCCGGCGCUGGAGACCACCUAUCUAUGUCCAGGACUCUGUGUGGGGCGCUCAUCUUUCCCUCCAUAGCCAGUCUGUUGGGACGGCUGCUGUUCAGACGAGUUACCUCCAACUUGCAGCGCACCAUACUGGGGGGCAUUGCGUUCGUGCUGAUCAAAGGCGUACUGAAAGUGUAUUUCAAACAGCAGCAGUACAUCAUGCAGGCCAACAGACACAUCGUGAACUAUCCAGAAAGUUACACGAACCGACCAGGGGGCGAGGGAGAGGUCAACACAGAGGACAGCGGGAACGAGUGACCGCCUGUCCCCCUAGAGGUCGGCGGGAAAAACUGACCUCCUGUCCCCUGGAGGAUGAGGACAGAGAGACGCAGGGUGUGGGUCCUGGACUGACUCAUAAUCACAGGUGAUGCUUUGUUGCCUUAAAUUCUCCAAAAUGAACUGAAGCAGUGCCUGAACAGAUCAGCUCUGACCUGAUAUGUUGUCAUGACGAUGAAGCUGCAGAUGAUGAACUUCUGUAGUUGUAUGAUUUUCCCUUGUUUAGAACCAGCUGAAUGACAUGUUCUAUGCAAAAUGAACUAUUUUUGUUCCCCUGACCUUGUUUCCAUUGGUGCUUGUUGAACUUUGCCAAUAAACGACGUCCUACCCUCCAAACGACGUCCUACCCUCCUUCGCUCUGAUUGGUUUGUCUGCAGAUGAGGCUCACAUGCUGUUGCCACUCUGAAGAUGAUAAACUUGAAAACAGUUCUGCAUUCUUUUACAUUGUUGCCCAUAAAUACAUAAAUAAUUACUACCAUCACAUUUUCACAGAAAAACCUGUUUUUUUGUUGUUGUUUUUUUUCAGAUUAAGGGAAAAAAUAAUACAUUUAAACCUGUCUACAGGAGAUCUGCAAUAAAUUCAAAAUACCUUUAUUUCUGAUGAUAAAACCAAUGCCUACAUGGUCCUGAGGCCACAAUAGUUUUUUCCUGAUUGAAUAUAAUAUGCACAAUGUUAACAUCAUCUGUUCUCCUGGUUUUCAUCAUGCCUCCUCUUUUUGUGUCAUCCAGUUCUCUCAGUCUAAUGUUUAGAUCACAGAGGUGGUCGGUCAUGCAUUUGAAUGUGUUUAUUGCUGGAUUCAAAUUGCUGUAAAUGAGAAAAACAAAAAGCAAUGCCUGCUAAAUGCCCACCUCAUUGUUUUUAGCCCAGAUGCUUUAAAUGCUAUUUAAUUUUUUCCAAAUAAAGAUGUUGAAGAGCUUA